AUGCUCCGCCAACCUCGCCACCCACCAACUCACGCUACCACGGUCACGCAACCACCACCGCCGUCUCACCGUGACCCACUGACGAAGACCGACGAAACCGGUAGGAAACACCCCGAGCCGAGGGGGGCCUGGACAGCAGCCACGCGGGAGGACGCCACCUCCACCGCCAGCUGCGGUGACGGACCGGAUGCAAGAACGAGGAGCAAACCAGGCCCCUUCGGCCCGGCCGAGCCCGACGGGCUCGUGAAGCUCCCGUGGCCGCACUGCAGUCCACGCGCCGCCGUCGUAGCCACACUCAGCGGAGAGUCUCCACCAGCCGCCGGGAGCAGACCUAGGAUGCCGGAUCCGGCCCGCCCAAGCCUAGAUGGGGCCCGAGCAGGCCCGGAUCCGGGUCGGAACCGCGCCGCCCGCGCCGCUGCUGACCUCCAUGCCGCCCCGCCGCCAAGAGGCUGCGCCGACGCCGCCACGUCACCCCGGCGCCGCCGCCUCCCGGCAGGAGCGCAGCAGCCGCCGGAACCUUGCCCACCGAGGUGCACCGUCGCCAGCUCCGGGAGAUCCCGCGUCUCCCGCCUCGCGCGCGGGUAG